AAAAAACAAAAUAUUAUUAUUUUAAAAUUUACAUUAAUUAAAACAAUUAAUAAAUAUUUAUUCAUUUGGUUAUUAUUAAUUUUAUAAUGUCGGACACAGAGAAAUUUAAAAGGAAACAAUUUGGAAAUAGAUUUUUAAAAAACGAAGAAGACGUUUUUAAGCAUAAUGCUUGGGAUAAUGUUGAAUGGAAUGAAGAGCAAGAAUCACAGGCUUUAACACAAGUAUGCGAACAUGUACGUACAAAGAUGUCCGAAGAAAAAGCUACUGAUUUAGAAAACAACGCUGAUCAAUUUUGGGAUAAGUUUUAUUCAGUACACCAAGAAAAGUUUUUCAAAAAUAGAUGUUGGCUUUUCACCGAGUUUCCAGAAAUAACCUCAUUGUACGACAGGAAAUCUAGCUGUUUGUUGGAAGUGGGUUGUGGUGUUGGAAAUUCAGUUUUCCCCAUAUUAGCUCAUAGUGCGCAAAACAGUGUUCACGUUUAUUGCUGUGAUUUUUCCUCCAACGCCAUAAGCAUUUUAAAAACUAACCCAGAAUAUAAUGAAAAUCAAUGUACAGCGUUUGUUUGCGAUAUUACUGCUGACGAAUGGAAUCCGCCAUUUGCAUUGGAAAGUCUGGACAUAAUUUUACUAGUGUUUGUCCUGUCAGCAAUACAACCAGACAAACUAAAGCAAACAGUAAAAAAGUUUUACGAAUACCUAAAACCAGGAGGCAUGAUUUUAUUUCGCGAUUAUGGAAGAUUUGACAUGGCCCAACUUAGAUUUAAAGAAGGAAGAUGUAUAUCAGAUAACUAUUACAGUAGAGGAGACGGGACAUUAGUCUAUUUUUUUACACAAAACGAUGUACAAGAAAUUUUCGUCGGUGCUGGAUUUCAAGAAAUUCAAAAUAUAGUCGACCGCCGAAUGCAAGUCAAUAGGGGUAAGCAAUUGAAAAUGUAUCGCGUUUGGAUACAAUGCAAGUAUCAAAAACCCAUUUUGUAGAUUGUACAAUUUGUUUUCUUCUAAAAUCGGUAUUCUAAUUAAAAUGGCAGUUGAAUGUAUUUAAAACACAUUAAUAAAUACUGACUUAAUUGGUUUUAA